AUGUCGAAGAAUAAGAUCGCCGCUCGAAUCGACAGCCAAAGUGUUGAAGUUAAGACUAAGUUUGAUGCAGAGUUCCGACGUUUCUCACUAAACAAAUCUGAAAAACUAAAAUAUGACGACUUCAAAGCAUUAAUAGAGAAACUUUAUAGACUACAUGAUGUAGCUUUUCUCAUCAGUUACACAGAUCCUCGGGAUGGAGAUCUCUUGCCCAUCAAUAAUGAUGAUAACUUAGCUCGAGCUUUACUUACUGCUAGGCCUUUAUUAAGAGUUAUUAUUCAAAGGAAAGGAGACAGCCUUGAAGAACUUAACGGCUAUGGAACUAUGCGACCUAGGAAUAUUAUAUCGUCUAUACUGAGCGGAACGCCGGCUAAGAACAAGGGCCUCGCUAUAUCCAACCCACAUGACUUUAGGAUGGUGUCGGCGAUAAUAGAUGUAGACAUAGUACCAGAAACCUGCAGACGAGUGAAAUUGUUAAAGCACGGGUCUGAUAGGCCUUUAGGAUUUUUUAUAAGAGAUGGAACCUCAGUCAGGGUGACCCCGAAUGGCGUGGAGCGGUCACCUGGUAUCUUCAUAUCACGACUGGUACCGGGUGGUCUGGCUGAAUCGACUGGUUUGCUCGGGGUGAACGAUGAAGUUCUAGAAGUCAACGGCAUUGACGUCUCCAACAAGACAUUGGACCAGGUAACAGACAUGAUGGUAGCAAACUCUUCAAACCUCAUAAUCACAGUGCGCCCCGCGAACCAACGAGCUGGAUUACCAGUUGUGGAAGCGAGUCGCAAUUCACAGCCUUCGAGCGAGCCGGACGAAGACAGAUUUGACCAAGAAGACCAAGAUGAGAUAGUAGAUCUUACAGCGGUGACUCUUCAAGACCAAGAACCCACUUACCAGCCGCUAACAAAGGACGAUGGUCAGAUAUUGCAUCUCUAG